UUGAAAAUAAUCAAAAAAGUUAUUUGGCAACGUGCAAAAGCAAAGCCGUUUAACUGACGAGUUCUAUCGCGUUAAUUGUGCUUUACUCGCUGAAGACUCAACUUGAGAUUUUACUUUUAGUUGAUUUUUGGCAGCAGCGGGCUAUUGGCACCAGCUCAUUUUGAAUUUAUUCCAAAUUUUAACUCAAUUUUUAUUAUUUAUUCACUUCAAAGUGACCAAACGUACUUAAUCUUUAUCAAUUAAAACAAAUUUGUUUGUUUACUUUGCAUAUGACCUGCAAUUUUCUAAAUUAUUUAUCAAUUUUUUCAAAAUGAUGGACGAAUUCCAUCCUUUCAUAGAGGCCACUCUGCCACACGUGAAGUCCUUUUCGUUCACAUGGUUCAACCUGCAGGCCAGGAAAAGGAAGUUCUUCAAGAAACACGAGAAGAGACUCACACCCCUGGAAGAACGCAAAGUCAAGAAUGAGAUCCAAGCUGAAAAAGACGACAUGAAGACAAAGUGGGCGUCUCGCCUCCUGGCCAAACUAAGAAAAGACAUCCGACCUGAGUACCGAGAGGAAUUUGUUCACGCAAUCCAGGUCCGCAAAAUGAACACCAACUGCGUGUUGAGCAACGCCGACCAGAAGGGCAAAAUGAGGCGCAUAGACUGCUUGCGACAGGCUGACAAAGUAUGGCGACUGGAUCUAGUUAUGGUCAUUCUAUUCAAGGCCAUUCCUCUGGAGAGCACGGACGGAGAGAGAUUGAUUAAGUCCCCCAAUUGCAGAUACCCUUCGCUGUGUGUCAAUCCCUACCAUAUCAGUAUCACAGUGCGAGAGUUGGAUGUGUACCUCGCAAGCUACUUGAACUACCAACAAGCAGAGUCGCAGGAGGAUAGUGGUCUGAUGCAACAGCAACAGCAGGGGGAUGUGCCUGGACCGAAUGUGAGUGAGGGGUUCCUCUCCACUGGCGUCUUCUCCAUCCCAGAACUGUACAACCUCACAAGAGCUCCCAUAUCAUCCGCCACAUCUUCCAUGGUACCAAUAGACGCCUCAUUCUACAACUUCAGAGAGAUCAACAACCACCUCUCUUCAACAGAUCUCCUCUCGGGUUCAUCAAUACCCCCUCCCCCCAACCCAUCGGCCGACCCCACACUACCCAACGGGGCAACACCCCAGGGUAGCAGUAGGGUUAAGAGGUCCAGUGGAUCGGCAGCUGGCAGUGUGGAGAAUGUCUCCAUUAGUCCAGGAGUGAGUCUAGGGGAUCUUCAGGCUCAUGAGGCCUCGGUCCUCGCGAGUAUGGAUCCCAUGUUCAGAAAUGGACCGUGGAACGUGUCUGGAUUUGAAACAGGAUUGGGCUCUGUCGGCUCCGACUUAAUAGCAGGACCUGGAGUUGCUUCUUCUGGCUCUGGAGGUCUACUACUGUCGGGGGAUCAAUUCGUGGAGAUCCCCUCUGUAGGUGGCAACCAGAGAUCCGUCAUCAAACUAGCCAACAUGUACUUCGACCCAAGUGAAAGCCAAGGCCAGUACUCCCCGCAAUAUCACCACUCCCAUUACUACCCGUCCCAAGUGCCACCGGGAGACUACGGCAUGAACACAAGCGUCUCCGCCUCAGUACUUUCAUCCAGCUCCAUCAUCAGUGGGGUAAACACUAACAACAGGGACACUAUUGACCAACUGGGCACAUCUGCAGCUGUCGAACACAUCCAGAGGAACUUCAAAUUGGAGCCAUACACCGGUCACGAAGAUCACCAUCAUCACAAACUGUACGCAGCUUCUGUUGCCGCUUACGCGAGUGUAGCCAACGACCCGACAAGCUACCUGAUCAAUCCAUACCACGUGAUCAUUCCCAACCGGUCCCUAAGUGGGUCUCCAAUCAGUGCUAAUAUGGUCGGCCAGGACCUGACUUGUGAAACGAAUCCUCGAGAGAGCCUCCUGUCCGAAGUUGAAAAAGACACGGAAACAAGUCAGGCCGAAAGAAGAGUGGACGACUUGGAUGCCGUGACUGGUGGUCAGGUGACCUUACCAAGCAAUAGCUCGGGGUCAUCGACCUCAAGUCACAAACGAAUGGCGGCCAUGGACGUCAGAGACAACAUGGCACUGCUUGGACUUGCGCCGUAUGAAUCAUCUCACCCUGCCUCUUCGAUAUCAUCCCAACAGCAACAGCAGCACAGACUGAGUCCCAACAGUGAGGAUGCCGCAGGCUACUCUGGGGACCAGCCAAGUAGCCAUCUAUACACUGUACUCAACAACGAAUACAUGACUACUCGCGAGGAGACUGAUUGGCAGGAUUCGAACUUCAACCAACUCCAACACCAUGUCAACUUUCAUCACCCGGCCGCCAACAACCACGCCACAUCAAACUCCCCCUUCCAUUCCUCGGCGAAGUCCACCUCCUCAUCCUCCCUCCUGCAUGAGUCCCAUCAGAACAACAAAAACAACCACAACAACUCGACAUCUUCUUCCCACUCGGCAGCAGACCCACGCACAGUGUCCGUAGUGCAGGCACAGGCCUCUGCUGCUGUACAAUCGGUGGUCGCAGAAUUGUCCCAGAAUAAUUACGACUCUGGAUAACGAAGCGGUGCCAAAGUUUACUCCUAUUCAGACAUUUCAGAAGAACUGACACCAAAAUGAUAACUUGUAAUGCUGAUAAAUGAUUAAUUUUGCCGUUAAUCAGCAUAAAAUGAUUAACUCGUUUGGUUUUUGAAACCUAGAAUAAAGCUCGUUUUCUUCUUUUGAGGCUGGUUUUCAGAUAGAAAGUAUGCUGAGGGCUAAGCCUUUAAAACAGCCAAGCUUUCCGAUUCUUUUUGAUUAAUUUAUUUCAUUGUUUGUUAUA